AUCACUCGAAGGCAGUGAAGGAAGCAUGGAGGUUAAUAAGCACAACUUUGAAGAAUAUUUACCUAAAAUAAGUGAAUCAAUAUCUAAAUCUGAAUUUAUUGCUAUAGAUACAGAGUUUACAGGAUUAAAUUUGGGCGGUGAAACGAAGAAUAGCUUGUUUGACUCGAUUGAGGAUCGUUACAACAAACUUCGGGAGAGUACCAAACAGUUUACAAUCAGUCAGAUAGGAAUCUCAGCAUUUUUAAAGAAAAAUGACAGGUAUGUGGCCCACACUUACAAUAUGUACCUGUUUCCAGCUGCCUAUGGUCCUGUUGAUGUCAGAUUCAUGGUUCAGGCAUCAAGUUUUGAAUUCCAAAGACGGUAUGAUUUUGAUUUUAACAAGUAUGUGUAUGAGGGCAUAUCAUUUAUGAAUGAAGAUCAAGAAAAACAACUCAAAGCAUUCUUGAAGAGAAGGGAGAUAACUGCAGGAGUGGAGAGGGACAUUGAUGAAAACCUUGUACAGGAUGUUUGCUCUGAGGUAGCUGAGUGGCACACAAAAGCUGAGGUUGGGGAUUCACACACUAUUCUGAAAUAUGAUGGCGCAAGAAAGAUUAAAUACAACUAUGUUUUCCAAAAUGAGCUCCGCAGUAGAUUCAAGGACAUCUGGACAUCAACAGAUGGUGAUAAAAAUCUUGUGGUAACAAAAGUUACACCAGAGGAAAAGGAACAAAAGAUGACUUUAGAGAAAUCAGAGAGUUCAGAACUUUCCAAUAGUCUGCUUGGAUUCAGGAGGUUGUUUCUGGUCUUACUAGAACAUAAGAAGCCCCUGCUAGGACACAAUAUGUUGAUGGAUCUGCUGCUGAUUUAUGAUAAAUUUCACAAACCACUUCCAGCACAUUAUAAAGACUUCAAGACAGAGCUUAACAAGAUGUUUCCAUUGAUUAUUGACACCAAACAUGUUUCAACUAACCUGAUAAGAAUGAAAUUAGAUUUGAAAUUUAAUUCAUCUCUUGGACUUCUAUACAAAGUAUUAAACAGUCCAGAGGGCCAACACUUUGUUAUACAUUCACCUGUCAUAGAACAUGGAGAGGAAUUUGAGAGAUAUAAUCAUGAGACAUAUCUUCCCCAUGAGGCAGGAUAUGAUGCUUAUAUGUGUGGUUACUGUUUCCUAAGAUUGUGUCAUAUAAUGACUUUUAAUGGUGUACCGUCUACAGAGGUUGUUCCUUGUACCUUUACAAGAUAUAUGACUGUGAUGAAGAGGUUUCAUAACAAAGUAAACAUAAUCAGGGCUAGUGUCAAUGAACUAGAUUUAGCGAGCAGUGAAUCUAAAUCACAGAGACCUUUAGUGUUUGUCCAAUCAAAAUCCUCCUCUUAUCAAUUGAAUGCAUACAAGCUUGCCAGAGAGUUUUCAAAGUUCGGUACAGUAGACAUUAGGUUACAAGAUAAUACAAAGGCUCUAGUGGCUACAGGAAAUAAAUACUGUGCCAAUGACUUGGUAAGGAAUUAUAGAAAUGACAAGAGAAUGUAUGUACAGCAUUACAGUAGAUGGAGACACUCUCCUUACAUCAGACCAGCACUGUGGACUGGUGUUGUGUUGUCUGGGGGACUUUGUCUGCUAGCUCUGUGGUCCAAUAGAAAGAACAAUACAUGACAUCUGUGAUAUACUAGGUUGUAUUAGAUUAAUUAACACUGAUCAUGAAGUCAAAGCUGGGAUCUGAUGGCAUCAAAUUUUCCAUUACUACAAAACACAAGAUAAAUAUUAUUAGACUGAGAGAACAGUGCCAAACAUCAUUGUUGAUUUCUUUUGUUUACAUCACCUGUUGUCAUAUGUCAUUCAAAUAAAAGAUUUUUAUUUAACAUCA